UUUUCUAAUUUAAAUAUUAAUUAACUAACUGUUUCUAAUUACUAUAAACUAAAUCCAAAUUAUAAAAGGCGUAGUACGAAACGAAACGAAACGUUAUCAAAACAAAAUAUAUCCAUACAUUUCAACGACGAUUUCACUGCGGCGUUGAAAUUGAAAAAAUAAAAAUGGAACAAGGCAAACAAGGAGUGAUGGUGUUGAAGGGUUUACCACCGCAACUUCAGAACCCAAUUGACCAAAUUCAAGCACGCUACAAGCACUUAGAGAAUGGCUUCAAGCUUUGGCUCUCCAAACAGUCCAUCGCCGUUGAAGCCGCCGUCGUUACCACCACCAGCGCUGCUCAAGGUGGCGCUAUUGGUGCUAUCAUGGGUACUCUCACCGCCGACGCACCCUCCGCUUUUCCAAUACCUCCACCUAACGCUGCUCUUAACCCUCAAGCCAUGGCAUCUCUCCAGCAAGCACAGGCUCUUGCUGGAGGCCCUCUAGUUCAGGCUCGCAACUUUGCUGUUAUGACUGGAGUGAAUGCCGGUAUUUCAUGUGUCUUGAAAAGGAUAAGGGGAAAGGAAGAUGUUCAAUCCAGCAUGGCGGCCGCUUUUGGUUCUGGGGCCAUGUUUUCAUUGGUAAGUGGCAUGGGUGGACCAAAUCAAGCAGCUAAUGCAGUCACAUCUGGACUAUUCUUUGCACUUGUUCAAGGUGGACUUUUCCAGAUUGGACAAAAGUUUUCUCAACCACCUGCCGAAGAUAUUCACUAUGCUAGAACAAGAAACAUGUUGCACAACCUUGGUCUUCAGAAUUACGAAAAGAAUUUUAAGAAAGGCUUAUUGUCAGACAACACCUUGCCUUUACUCACAGACAGUGCUCUCAGAGAUGUGAAAAUUCCUCCUGGACCCAGGCUGUUGAUUCUUGACCACAUCCAGAGGGACCAAGAUUUCAGAGAGAAGCGAGGAAGCCGCAAUUAACUUGUGUGCAUUGUCUCCUAAGUGGCGGUGAAAAGCAUAUUAUAGGGGAGUUUGUAUCGCAGAUGAAUUUUGUCAUUUUUGUUUAUUAUGCUUUAUGUUCCAUUGUUGUUGCAGUGUACUUGAUAUAAUCUGGUUAACGUGUCAGAUAUUUUGGUUUCUAUGAAACGCAAACAGGUUCAAAGUAAAUUACGGAGCAUGAAUUUGUUAACUUUAAAAAUAAGAAAAAGGCAUUGCUUUCUCGUGGAAGAA